AUGGAGCCUCUCAUUCCGCUUAACUUUUUGUUAUUUUCUCUUUUUUUUUUUUUUCACUGUUUUUCCGAUUUAUUUAAGGGGGGAAGGGGCUCUCAGCAGCAGGAGGGAAAAGGGGGAAAAGAAAAUUGCAUGAUGAAGCGUCAACUGCCGCUUUUUCUGCAGCCGCGCCGGCCAAGCUCUGCCCGCAUUCAGCUCUUGACGUAUCCCAUGGCGUUUGCUCAGCCACAAGCCACAGUCCCGCUGCUGCGUGCGGGCACUGACGCAACAGAUGGCGAAAAGAGUGCCCCGUCAUCAUCGACAACAUCAAAGCGCGUGACAACGAGUCUUCACGUGAGGCUGCGGGACGUGACGAAGGAGUUUCAUUGCCCUCAAAGCGAUGGGAAAGCCAUCGUGAACCCACGCCGCUGGGUGCGUGAUCCGGACGAGCUUUGUGUGGCGUCUCUUCGACGGAGCAAAAACAUAAAUAGGAUAAACACGUACGUGGCAACGUACAAGUUUGACGACCCGCAGUGGGCACCAUUGCUCUUGCCGCGGGUGAGAUUGCGGCCACGAAAACACCCUGUGAGGGACAGUACAAAUGAGAUGUCUGAGGCUGCCGCUUCCUCCACACCACCCAAUGUGCCACCGACGUCAAGCGGUUCCUCGUCUUCAUUGUUGGAUGAUAAAAAUGAUGGUGGCAGUCGUGUCGUGAUCGACCACAACAAACUUCUCACGUUGGAGUGCAUGUCAAGGCACGUGAACUUUUCUCUACGACACAUCGUGCAAAAGGGCCACGCUGUCUACCUUUUACAUCAUGCCCAGCACAGCAUCCUUCGACCAAAGGGAAUUAUAGAGCAGUCAUUUGUGACGUGCUCGUUUGGUAUUCGAGGAGAACGGCUACGCACGGAAAUUGUGCAUUUCGGUCCGCUUGACGCCAUGGACGUUCUCGAGAUCGAAGAGGGGCCGCCCGGACACACACGGUGCAUCUUUAACUUUCAGAAAUUAGACAUUCCGCGUGGUGUCAUCGCCGUCUCACAGGUGGAGGGAUACGGCACGUGGUUUCAGCGGAAACCGAUGCUCUGGCAGCGUUCACGCCGUAUCGGUGCCCUGCAAAGUCAACUCGGUGCCUUCACGUAUGAUCUCCUCGCACCACAUGAGGUGGGCAAAGAGCGUGAGUGUGAGGUUUCUCUGCUCGCGCCGCAUAUGCGAUUCUUUGGUAAUGGCACUGGCGGCUCGGAAGCUGUUGGCAUCAUUGCUUCCUCGCAGGUGGCACAGCAGGACCGACUUUAUUUGGGUGAAUUUGAGGCCCCCGCAAUGACAGCACUCGAUGCGGUGCAACAACUCGCGCAUGCAUCUGCCCUGCGCUGCCGGCUUGUGAGGCCGCUGCGAAGUAACAUGGACGGGUGUGACGACAGAAGCGGUGAAAGUGAGGGGAAAGACGACGAUGAUGUGCUGGAGAAAUUAGUGCCUUUGAGUUGGGCCACGCGCACACCACCGCCGUAUGUGCCGCUGGAGGCGGACUUGCCAUUUAAACUGCAGAUGUCCAAACCGGCCGUAUUUGGGAGCGAGGCGCAGCCGGAGCAGCAGCACGGCGUGUAUCCGACGGGUGCGACGGUCGGCUCGCCCUUUGUUCGCGGGGCCCCGAUCAUGUUGUUUGAGUACAACCUCCAUCAGGGCGUUGAUCACUAUGUCUUUGACAACGCCCCGAGUGCGAGGCCAAUGAAAUGGUGGUCGCAGAAGAGCAACCUGCCAUACAGCGGGUACAUGUUUUUUGCGCGCAGUGGGCUGAUUGACCGCCUAUCGCCAUCGGAGGAGAUCCCGAGCCCGGUCGAACAAACAUCGCGACGCAAGCCACUUCAUAAAAUUGUCCCGCCAACAAAGAGAGUGCAACGCCGCGUGAGUCAGUACAAAAAACGUCUUUGGGAAGAGGCGGAGAGGGGAAAGGCGACACGCGAGGAAUCCACAGGAGUGGCGGGUGCUGCUGUCGCCAGGAACGGCGGUCCAAGUGGCACUGGAGAGGGAAACCAUUAG